CCGAAUGUGAAGUACUUAAGCCCGAUGCCGUGGCUUAUCACAACCUGAUUGCUCUCUGUCCGAAUAAAGCACAAGUAAACCGACCUGGCGAUCUAUUUACCGUCCUGGUGGCGAGUCACAACGCACUGAUUAAGGAGCAUGCCAAUCUGAAAACGAUAUACUUUGAUCUUUGUCGACAACAAAUGCAUUAUGUGAAACACGAUACAAGGAAUCAAAGCUCUGUGAUUCGUGAAGAGUCUUCCUCAGAAGAAGAUGAUCCUAUAGAUACCAACGUCUUUAUCGAUGAUGAUUACAACUCGAAUACUACCCAAGCUUAUGAAAAUAAGCGAUAUACUUCGAAGGAGAAAACAGGUACUUUAGAUAAAAAUACUUCCUUUCCUAAAACGGCUACUAAAUACCGGCCAAAUCAUGACGAAAGUUACCAAAACUCCAGGGAGAAUUUCGAAUAUGGAUUUUCCGACUUAAACCAUAUCAGAAUCCACUCUUCUAAUGUAGAGAGAUCACCUCCUUCUGGCGCAUCCUUGGAAAUGCUAGAUCGAUCUGAUACGGCAAAAGCAACAAGCCGACAACAAUACCCCAUUAACCGGCCGCAGUAUCGUCAGAGUCAAUCCUUUAAAGAGGCAGCCUGCCUUCCACAGGAUACUAACCAGCGUCCUCAGGAAGUUCUGAGCAGGAUGGCAACUUCUGAGCCCCUUGACGAUACUAAUUCCCUCCAGACAGCAAUGGAAAGCAAU